UUCUCUGAUUGCCCUCUGCCUUGUUUGUUCUAAACCUGGUUCGUUCAAGCAUGCCCACUAACGGAGUUAAUAGGGCUUUGAAGCUGCAAUUUGGGCUCAUCAACUAUGAGAAUCGAUACCUUACAGCUGAGGCCUUUGGCUUCAAGGUGAACGCCUCAGGCGUCAGCAUGAAGAAGAAACAGAUCUGGACCUUGGAGCAGGAUGAGCAAGAUGGCCAGGUCGUGUUCCUUCGCAGCCAUUUACUGCGCUACCUUGCCUCCGAUAAAGACGGCAAGAUAAUAUGCGAGGCAGACAAGCCUGACCCUGAAUGUCGGUUCCUCAUCGUGCCCCAGUCUGACGGUCGCUGGGCACUGCAAUCAGUGCCUUACCUGCGUUAUUUUGGAGGAUCGGCGGACUAUCUGUCCUGCUUUUCUCAAGCCAUCGGGGAACAAGAGCUCUGGGCCGUCCACUUGGCUUUACACCCGCAGGCCAGUUUGCUGAGUGUGGCACGCAAGCGCUAUGCCCAUCUGUCCUCCUCAGACGGGGAGAUCUCAGUGGACAGCAACAUUCCCUGGGGAGUGGACUCCUUGGUCACCUUGGUGUACCUGGAUGGCAAAUACAGUCUGAAGACCUGUGACAGUCGCUUCCUCAGAAACGACGGCAAACUGGUGAAGGAGAGCACCAACGCCACCUGCUUCACGCUGGAGCUGAAGUCUGGCAAGCUGGCCUUCAAGGACUGCGAUGGGAAAUAUCUGACCCCAGUGGGACCCACAGGAACGUUGCGUUCUGGACGUUGCUCCAAGCCGGGAAAAGACGAGCUGUUCGAUCUUGAGGAGAGUCAUCCACAAGUCAUUUUUCAAGCGGCAAAUAAAAGAUUUGUCUCAGUUAAGCAAGGUGUGAGUAUUUCUGCCAACCAGGAUGUGGAAACAGACAUGGAGACCUUUCAGAUGGAAAUAGACAAGGCGAGCAAAAAGUCCAUGUUCAGAACCAACGGCGGCUCCUACUGGACUCUGGUGACUCAUGGAGAGAUUCAGUCCACCGCCACAGAGGUAGAAGUCAACACAAUGUUUGACAUUGAGUGGCGAGGGAAGAGGGUGGCACUCAAAGCAAGUAAUGGAAAGUACGUGUGCACGAAGAAGAACGGGCAGCUUUCAGCAGUCAGCGACGCCGUGGGGGAUGAUGAAUUGUUCCUGAUGAAACUCAUCAACCGCCCAAUGCUGAUCCUUCGCGGGGAGAACGGCUUCGUGUGUCAUCACAAAAACUCCAACGCCCUGGAUGCCAACCGAUCCAUCUACGACAUCUUCUGGCUGAUCUUCAAUGACGGCGCCUAUAAUAUUAAAAGCGUCAGUGGGAAGUUCUGGUACGUGUCCAGCAGCGGCCUGGUGUGCUCGGAUGGAGAAAAGUCAGAGGACUUUUUUCUGGAGUUCCUGGAACAUGGACGCAUCGCCAUAAAGAGCUCCAAUGGCAAGUACCUUCGUGGAGACCAGGGCGGAACACUUAUGGGCGACGGCGCGUCUGUUGACGCGUCCUCUCUCUGGGAGUACUGAGUCCUCCAGUCCGGGUCCUUGAAAGGGGGUCUGAGACGCAGAUGCAGGACCCGAUUUCAUC